AUGAUGGAGGUGGAGGUGGAGGUGGAGGUGGAGGUGGACGCCGAUGCUAACGGAGCAUGCUCUCAAACAUCUGCCAAAAUUAUGCAUCCCGCUGUGACAUCAGAGACGGUUUAUCUCACAAACGAUCAAAUUUCAAACUUCUCAGAAACACAAAACCCAGAGGAGCAGCAGGACAGACCAGACUCUCCUGGACCUGAACCCAGCUGUGUGUCCAUGAAGAGUUUCUCAUCUAUGACUAAACCUAUACACUUUAAAUCUGGACAACCAUCUGAUGGAAGGACUCAACAGCAGAGACCAGAAUCUCCUGGAUCUGAACCCAGCUGUGUGUCCUUUAAGAGUGACUCAUCUAUGGCUAAACCUAUAUACUUUAAACCUGGACAGUCUUCUGAUGGAAGGUACGAAUGUAAAAAGACAGGAAAACUCACACUGCAAUGUCACAGCAGUAGAACAGGGACAGAAGGAGACGAGGCAGGAAACUCUGAGACUGACAGGGAGAACAUCGUCACUUUUGUGAAGAACGAGUUGAAGAAGAUGCAGAAGGUUCUGAGUCCAGAUGACCCAGAAUGCUUAGAGAGUCAGAGUGAGGAUGAAGAGGUGUUGGACGGUGAGGAGGAAGAGCAGAGGAGGAGCAGCAGAGAAGCAUUUCUGAAGAUCACACUGCACUUCCUGAGGAGAAUGAAGCAGGAGGAGCUGGCUGACUGUCUGCAGAGCAGAACUCCUGCUAGCAGUCAACAUAAACUCAAGUCUAACCUGCAGAAGAAGUUCCAGUGUCUGUUUGAGGGGAUCGCUAAAGCAGGAAACCCAACCCUCCUGAAUGAGAUCUACACACCGCUCUACAUCACAGAGGGAGGGACUGCAGAAGUCAAUGAUGAACAUGAGGUCAGACAGAUUGAAACAGCAUCCAGGAAACCAGUCAAACCAGAAACAACAAUCAGACAUGAAGACAUCUUUAAAGCCUCACCUGGAAGAGAUGAACCAAUCAGAACAGUGAUGACAAAGGGAGUGGCUGGCAUUGGGAAAACAGUCUUAACACAGAAGUUCACUCUGGACUGGGCUGAAGACAAAGCCAACCAGGACAUACACUUCACAUUUCCAUUCACUUUCAGAGAGCUGAAUGUGCUGAAAGGGAAAAAGUACAGCUUGGUGGAACUUGUUCAUCACUUCUUUACUGAAACCAAAGAAGCAGGAAUCUGCAGGCUUGAAAAGUUCCAGGUUGUGUUCAUCUUUGACGGUCUGGAUGAGUGUCGACUUCCUCUGGACUUCCACAACAAUGAGAUCCUGACUGAUGUUACAGAGUCCACCUCAGUGGAUGUGCUGCUGACAAACCUCAUCAGGGGGAAACUGCUUCCCUCUGCUCGCCUCUGGAUAACCACACGACCUGCAGCAGCCAAUCAGAUCCCUCCUGAAUGUGUCAGCAUGGUGACAGAGGUCAGAGGGUUCACUGACCCACAGAAGGAGGAGUACUUCAAGAAGAGAUCUAGAAAUGAGGAGCAGGCCAGCACCAUCAUCUCCCACAUCAAGACAUCACGAAGCCUCCACAUCAUGUGCCACAUCCCAGUCUUCUGCUGGAUCACUGCUACAGUUCUGGAGGAUGUGCUGAAAAGCAGAGUGGGGGGAGAGCUGCCCAAGUCUCUGACUGAGAUGUACAUCCACUUCCUGGUGGUUCAGUCCAAAGUGAAGAACAUCAAGUAUGAUGGAGGGGCUGAGACAGAUCCACACUGGAGUCCAGAGAGCAAGAAGAUGAUUGAGUCUCUGGGAAAACUGGCUUUUGAGCAGCUGCAGAAAGGCAACCUGAUCUUCUAUGAAUCAGACCUGACAGAGUGUGGCAUCGAUAUCAGAGCAGCCUCAGUGUACUCAGGAGUGUUCACACAGGUCUUUAAAGAGGAGAGCGGUCUGUACCAGGACAAGGUGUUCUGCUUCAUCCAUCUGAGUGUUCAGGAGUUUCUGGCUGCUCUUCACGUCCAUCUGACAUUCAUCAAGUCUGGAGUCAAUCUGCUGGCAGAAGAAAAAACAACAUCCCAGAAGUCUGAAACCAGCAAAGUCAAAUCUAAAGAGUCACGUCUUUACCAGAGUGCUGUGGAUGAGGCAUUAAAGAGUUCAAAUGGACACCUGGACUUAUUCCUCCGGUUCCUCCUGGGUCUUUCACUGCAGACCAAUCAGAGUCUUCUACGAGGCCUACUGACACAGACAGGAAGUAGCUCACAGACCAACCAGGAAGCAGUCAAGUACAUCAAGAAAAUGGUCAAUGAGAAUCUGUCUGCAGAGAGAAGCAUCAAUCUGUUCCACUGUCUGAAUGAACUGAAUGAUCAUUCUCUAGUGGAGGAGAUCCAACAGUACCUGAGAUCAGGAAGUCUCUCCACAGAUAAACUAUCUCCUGCUCAGUGGUCAGCUCUGGUCUUCAUUUUACUGUCAUCAGAAAAAGAUCUGGAUGUGUUUUACCUGAAGAAAUACUCUGCUUCAGAGGAGGCUCUUCUGAGGCUGAUGCCAGUGGUCAAAGUCUCCAACAAAGCUCUACUGAAUGGCUGUGAGCUCUCAGAGAGAACAUGUGUAGCUCUGUCCUCAGUUCUCAGCUCCCAGUCCUCUUGUCUCACAGAGUUGGACCUGAGUAACAACAACCUGCAGGAUUCAGGAUCGAAGCUUCUGUCUGCUGGACUGAAGAGUCCACACUGUACACUGGAAACUCUCAGUUUGUCAGGAUGUCUGAUCACAGAGGAAGGCUGUGCUUCUCUGGCCUCAGCUCUGAGCUCCAACCCCUCCCAUCUGAGAGAGCUGGACCUGACCUACAAUCAUCCAGGAGAUUCAGGAGAGAAGAUGCUGACUGCUGGACUGAAGGAUCCACACUGGAGACUGGACACUCUCAGGCUGCAGCCUGCUGGAGUCCGAUGGUUGACACCAGGUCUGAAGAAGUAUUUCUGUGAACUCACACUGGAUCCAAACACUGUAUACACACACCUUGAAUUGUCUGACAACAACAGGAAGGUGACACGUGUGAAGGAGGAUCAGUCAUAUCCUGAUCAUCCAGACAGAUUUGACUGGUGUCCUCAGCUGCUGUGCAGAAAUGAUCUGACUGGUCGCUGUUACUGGGAGGUCGAGUGUAGAGGAGGAGUCGAUAUAUCAGUGACUUACAGAGGAAUCAGCAGGAAAGGAGUUAGUUCUGACUGUGAGUUCGGAAGGAAUGAUCAGUCCUGGAGUCUAUUCUGCUCUGAUGGUGGUUACUCUGUCUGGCACGAUAACAGAGAAACAUCCAUCUCCUCCUCCUCCUCUGUCUCUGACAGAGUAGCAGUGUAUGUGGACUGUCCUGCUGGCACUCUGUCCUUCUACAGAGUCUCCUCUGACACACUGAUCCACCUCCACACCUUCAACACCACAUUUACUGAGCCUCUGUAUGCUGGGUUUGGGUUCUGGUCACACUGGUCGGGUUCCUCAGUGUCUCUGGGCUCCCAUGUACCACAGCUCAAAGUGCUAACAUCAUGGAAACUCCCAGAGGAGCAGCAGGACAGACCAGACUCUCCUGGACCUGAACCCAGCUGUGUGUCCAUGAAGAGUGACUCAUCUAUGGCUAAACCUAUACACUUUAAAUCUGGACAACCAUCUGAUGGAAGGACUCAGCAGCAGAGACCAGAAUCUCCUGGAUCUGAACCCAGCUGUGUGUCCUUUAAGAGUGACUCAUCUAUGGCUAAACCUAUACACUUUAAACCUGGAAAAUCUUCUGGUGGAAGGAUCCAGCAGCAGAGACCAGACUCUCCUGGACCUGAACCCAGCUGUGUGUCCAUGAAGAGUGACUCAUCUAUGCCUAAACCUAUACACUUUAAACCCGGACAAGUGGACCAGGAGAGCUCAGAGCUUCCCAGUGGCCAGUCUGCCCAGCAGCAUCAAACACACCUGGACUCCAUAUUUAUGCUGCUGGAGGAGAACAUUGCCACUUUUGUGAAGAACGAGCUGAAGAAGAUGCAGAAGGUUCUGAGUCCAGAUUACCCACAAUGCUUAGAGAGUAAGAGUGAGGAUGAGGAGGUGUUGGACGGUGAGGAGGAAGAGCAGAGGAGGAGCAGUAGAGAAGCAUUUCUGAAGAUCACACUGCACUUCCUGAGGAAAAUGAAGCAGGAGGAGCUGGCUGACCGUCUGCAGAGCAGAACUCCUGUUGGCAGUCAACAUAAACUCAAGUCUAACCUGCAGAAGAAGUUCCAGUGUCUGUUUGAGGGGAUUAUUAAAGCGGGAAACCCAACCCUUCUGAAUCAGAUCUACACAGAGCUCUUCAUCACAGAGGGAGGGACUGCAGAGGUCAAUGAUGAACAUGAGGUCAGACAAAUUGAAACAGCAACCUGGAAACCAGACAAACCAGAAAGAACAAUCAGACAUGAAGACAUCUUUAAAGCCUCACCUGAAAGAGAUGAACCAAUCAGAACAGUGAUGACAAAGGGAGUGGCUGGCAUUGGGAAAACAGUCUUAACACAGAAGUUCACUCUGGACUGGGCUGAAGACAAAGCCAACAAGGACAUACACUUCACAUUUCCAUUCACUUUCAGAGAGCUGAAUGUGCUGAAAGGGAAAAGGUACAGCUUGGUGGAACUUGUUCAUCACUUCUUUACUGAAACCAAAGAAGCAGGAAUCUGCAGGUUUGAAGAUUUCCAGGUUGUGUUCAUCUUUGACGGUCUGGAUGAAUGUCGACUUCCUCUGGACUUCCACAACAAUGAGAUCUUGACUGAUGUUACAGAGUCCACCUCAGUGGAUGUGCUGCUGACAAACCUCAUCAGGGGGAAACUGCUUCCCUCUGCUCGCCUCUGGAUAACCACACGACCUGCAGCAGCCAAUCAGAUUCCUCCUGAGUGCGUUAGCAUGGUGACAGAGGUCAGAGGGUUCACUGACCCACAGAAGGAAGAGUACUUCAGGAAGAGAUUCAGAGAAAAGAAGAAAGCCAGCACCAUCAUCUCCCACAUGAAGACAUCACGAAGCCUCCACAUCAUGUGCCACAUCCCAGUCUUCUGCUGGAUCACUGCUACAGUUCUGGAGGAUGUGUUGAAAAGCAGAGAGGGAGGAGAGCUGCCCAAGACCCUGACUGAGAUGUACAUCCACUUCCUGGUGGUUCAGACCAAACUGAAGAAUGUCAAGUAUGAUGGAGGAGCUCAGACAGAUCCACACUGGAGUGCAGAGAGCAGGAAGAUGAUUGAGUCUCUGGGAAAACUGGCUUUUGAGCAGCUGAAAAAAGGCAACCUGAUCUUCUAUGAAUCAGACCUGACAGAGUGCGGCAUCGAUAUCAGAGCAGCCUCAGUGUACUCAGGAGUGUUCACACAGGUCUUUAAAGAGGAGAGAGGGCUGUACCAGGACAAGGUGUUCUGCUUCGUCCACCUGAGUGUUCAGGAGUUUCUGGCUGCUCUUCAUGUCCAUCUGACAUUCAUCAACUCUGGAGUCAAUCUGCUGGCAGAAGAACAAACAACUUCUCAGAGGUCUGAAACUAUAAAAGAAUCUGCAGAAACAGAUCUCUACCAGAGAGCUGCGGACAAGGCCUUAAAGAGUCCAAAUGGACACCUGGACUUGUUCCUCCGCUUCCUCAUGGGUCUUUCACUGCAGACCAAUCAGACUCUCCUAAGAGGUCUGCUGACACAGAGAGGAAGUAGCCCACAGACCAAUCAGGACACAGUUGAGUAUAUCAAGAAGAAGAUCAAUGAGAAUCUGUCUGCAGAGAGAAGCAUCAAUCUGUUCCACUGUCUGAAUGAACUGAAUGAUCGUUCCCUUGUGGAGGAGAUCCAACAUUACGUGAACUCGGGAAGUCUCUCUGCUGAUGAACUGUCUCCUGCUCAGUGGUCAGCUCUGGUCUUCAUCUUACUGUCGUCAGAAAAAGAUCUGGAUGUGUUUCACCUAAAUGAAUACUCUGCUUCAGAGGAGGCUCUUCUGAGGCUGAUGCCAGUGGUCAAAGCCUCCAAUAAAGCUCUGUUGAAUGGCUGUAACCUCUCAGAGAGAAGUUGUGCAUCUCUGUCCUCAGUUCUCAGCUCUGAGUCCUCUAGUGUGAGAGAGCUGGACCUGAGUAACAACAACCUGCAGGAUUCAGGAGUGAAGCAGCUUUCUGCUGGACUGGAGAGUCCACACUGUACACUGGAAACUCUCAGAAUGAAUGACUGUAAGCUCUCAGGAAGAAGUCAUGACGCUCUGUCCUCAGUUCUCAGCUGCCAGUCCUCUAGUCUGAAAGUGCUGGACCUGAGUAACAACAACCUGCAGGAUUCAGGAGUGAAGCAGCUUUCUGCUGGACUGGAGAGUCCACACUGUACACUCGAAACUCUCAGGCUGUCAGGAUGUCUGAUUACAGAGAAUGGCUGUGCUUCUCUGGCCUCAGCUCUGAGCUCCAACCCCUCCCAUCUGAGAGAGCUGGACCUGAGCUACAAUCAUCCAGGAGACUCAGGAGAGAAGCUACUGUCUGCUGGAUUAGAGGAUCCACAGUGGAGACUUGACACUCUCAGGCUGCAGCCUGCUGGAGUCCGAUGGUUGACACCAGGUCUGAGGAAGUAUUUCUGUGAACUGGAACUGGAUCCAAACACAGCAAACAGAAAACUCAAACUGUCUGACAACAACAGGAAGGUGACGUAUGUGACAAAUAAGGAGGAGGAGCAGUCCUAUCCGGAUCAUCCAGACAGAUUUGCCUUGUGUCCUCAGCUGCUGUGUAAAGAUGAUCUGACUGGUUGCUGUUACUGGGAGGUCGAGUGGAGAGGAAACGUUUAUGUAUCAGUGACUUACAGAGGAAUCAGAAGGAAAGGAAUUGGUGAUGACUCUGAGUUUGGAGCGAAUGAUCAGUCCUGGUGUCUGAACUGCUCUGAUAGUGGUUACUCUGUCAUGCACAAUAACAAACAAACAUCCAUCUCCUCCUCCUCUGUCUCUAACAGAGUAGCAGUGUAUGUGGACUGUCCUGCUGGCACUCUGUCCUUCUACAGAGUCUCCUCUGACACACUGAUCCACCUCCACACCUUCAACAUCACAUUCACACAGCCUCUGUAUGCUGGGUUUGGGUUCUGGCGGACUGGUUCCUCAGUGUCUCUGUGUCCUCUGUAG